GCUAUCCAGGUACCAGUGGAGAUCCUACCAGAAAUUAUUGGACCUGCUGCACAUGUUCAAGCUGGAGAAGAUAAAAAAGUGAUUGAGAGCAACAUCGAAGUCCCAGAGGAUUAUGAUUACGCCAUCGUUAUCGAGUACCAUAACCCAGAUAAGUACCAAGCUCCAAUCAUGGUCGAGAUUACUCAACAAGAUAACGAUACCAUACAUGUGAAUGGAUCUAUUACUGUACAUCACUGCCCCUUUGCAACGUUCUGCCGUGAGGUGGUCACUGACGGUGGUGAGGUGGCAACUGUGCCGUUGAAAAAGGGUACAGCUACCGUUCAGUUGCAUAUCCCAAAAAUGACUCAAUUUGGGUUAGCGGCGGUGAACCUGGUGGCAAAGAAUAGAUGGACUAAUGAAUAUUUGCAACAGGUACCAGUUUGCGUACGAAAAGAUGGUAUAUGUGUUCCACAACAGCAUCCUCCAGCUGGUAAUUCUAUUGCUACAGAGGCGGAGGUUGGCGUUAAUCAGGACAAUGCCAUCACUGGUGAUAAGCUACCAUUCCCAAUUGCGCAUGCUAAAGAAGUUACUGUAGUUCCACUGGACGAGAAUCAGGGUACCCUUGAUAUAAGCGGAGUGGUUCCGGGACGUGGGCAUUACAUGUUCCUGGUGCAUUACUUCAAUCCAGACAAUACGCCUCUCGAUAUAGGUGUGCUUCUGCAAAAUGAACAUUACUACGAAGGUGAGGUUGAUAUCGCACAGUUUUCAAAAGGAAUAGCAAAUCAAAAAGGUCUGAAAUUGAAAAUUUCUAAAGCCUUAACAUUUUCAGAGAACGAACCGUUCCUUCUUGAUUUUCAUGGUUUGUUACAAAACUCAUUACCUAGUUAUUUGUUUCUUUUCUAUCGCUAUUAGUA